AUUUUACAGCAUUGUAGAAUACCAAUAGCUCAGAUUUGUGCGUGUCUUGUCUGCUUCAUCAACAGCAUGCAUCGUAGCAUACUCCCACCUGCAGAUUGCUUCACCCCUCUGCUUCAACUCCCUCAUCAGUCUUUCGCGUCAUUAUAGGAGGAACGUGCUGAUUCAACCAUCUUAUGCCUUGGUCCUUUCCUUUGGGAACCAUCAUUUGGAAGAUAUUUUAUAAUGGUGAAAUAUUAGGGAUAUCAUAUCGCACAUAGGUGUAUCUGUUGGCUUCGUGGGAUGGAGAUUGCAUCUACUUUUGGCAUUGAAAGAAUAACACGUGCAGAGAGAAUUCAGCACGAACUAUGGCCGCUAGAUGAAAUAGAUCCUAAGAAGGCGAAGUUCCCGUGUUGCUUAGUUUGGACUCCUCUUCCAGUGGUCUCGUGGUUGGCACCUUUCAUUGGCCAUGUUGGCAUAUGCAGGGAGGAUGGAACCAUCUUAGAUUUUUCGGGAUCCUACUUAAUAAAUGUUGACAAUUUUGCGUUUGGAGCUGUAGCCAGGUACUAUCAGUUGGACAGAGAGCAGUGCUGUUUUCCUCCAAACCUUGCUGGGCACACGUGCAAAUGUCGUUACAAGCAUAUAGACUAUGGCACAGCGAUCACGUGGGACGAGGGCCUCCUCUCAAGCGUGCGCCACUUUGAGCACCAAUCCUACAACCUCUUCACCUGCAACUCUCACUCGUUCAUCGCCAACUGCCUGAACCGGCUAUGCCAUGGCGGAUCAAUGGGCUGGAACAUGGUUAACGUCGCAGGUCUAGUUCUCACCAAGGGCUGCUGGGUUAAUGGCUUUGCGAUACUGAGAUCUUUCUUGCCAUUCCUCGUGGUGCUCUGCUUCGGAUUAGCCAUAGUCGGGUGGCCUUUCUUGAUUGCACUUUCGUCGUUUUCUCUCCUCCUCCUUGGAUGGUUUUUGGUCGCUACAUACUGUGUCAAAGGUCUGUUGGAAUACUAGAAUUUGGUACUAUGAAUGGUACCUUUAUGAUUGAACAACUGGGAAUAACUGUGCUGCUAUUAACUCUAAAUAGUCCCAUAAAAUUGUUCAAAGUUCAAUGGACCCUUGCACCUUAGAUCAUACUUUUAGGGAAAAUUUAACAAAAUAUAGUGUACCCUUUGCAA